UGGCACCUGAUUAUCACGCUUAACUUGAAGCUGCUUAAACCCUUUGGGCCUGCUGGCUUCUCGCGUUAACAUUUCUUUCAUCUCCAUUUAUUCCAAUUUUCUGACUGUGACUUGUCGCUUAGUUCGACUUGGAACACAUUGGAAACAUCCACCAGCGCUGUUUAGCGUGGCUGUCCAACAGCGCUGGCACCUAGGAGAGGAAUUUCUCGUAACUGACAGCUUCUAGCUGUGCCACAGGAGGUCCUCGGGCCUCUAUAUUAACCCUGAACUGCUCCGAGUUUCAAGUUCAGGUCGUCCUCUUCAGCUGGUCCGACGUCGUCGUUGGACUCGUCAAUACUAGCACUGUCUCAAUAUGGCACCGGCCGUGCCCAAGAAAGCCCAAAAACUUGGGCGUGCCCUCAAAUCCGCAGCCCGCUUUCCGGGCCGUGAACAACCAGUCGUCUUUCUUCGCGUUCAAAUCAUUGGCUGUCUGAGCCUCGCUAGGGCUCGAAAUGGCUCACAGGCAAAGGAGGGCGACCUCAAUCCUUUGGUCGUUGUCUCCCUCCUCAACAAUCGACACCAUACUCCUGUCCUCAAACGCACUCCUAAUCCGGUCUAUGCUGCUAAAGAUGCAACCUUCGACUUUCCUAUCUAUCUAUCUCUUGCUGAUAGGCUGGGGUCCGUCGAACUAGUCGUCUGGGACAAGGAUACCUUGAAGUUGAAGAAGGAAUACGUCGGAGAAGUCGCACUCACCCUCGAGUCCUGGUUUCGGGACGGCGAUGGCGACGGCAACAAUAGUCUAUGUUUCGCAGCUGAAACUAAUCGGCCACACUCUGUAAAUCUAGUUUCGACACGUGCGAAUACGCACGCAUCUGGAAUGGCAGUAGUCAAACUCGGUUUCGUUGCACCCCCUGGUGUACAGUCCCCAAUGGCUUUUGAGCGAGUCUUUGCUGAACUCGUAAAGCGAUCCCGCCCGAGUCUCGUUUCUGCCCCUCCAACAGAAGGCAUCGGCACUCUACCAUCUCAUUUGACAGGCCCAGCAUAUGAAGAUGAUGGUGGAAUCAGUUCCGAUGAAGAAGACCAAGAUGAUGACGAUGUUGUAGAGGAAGGAGAAGAAGAAGACGAAGGCCUCGUCCUCCACCUCUCCAACCUUUACCUCUCUCCAUCUCUCCUACCAGAUCAGACUCGCGAGCACCGAGAACCCGAGAUAGCAUGUCCCAUACCGUCCGAGGAACAGGAGCCUGAGACUGCGCGUCCGUUACCUCCUGUUCCGACCACUACGCCUAUCACAAUUGCGCCUGCUAUGUCCAGCACCACGCCUUCUUCGAAAAGCAGACUCCCAAAACUUUUCCCUCGCCGUCCCAAUCUCCUCACUUCACCAUCCUACGACACGCCUCCCUCGGGUCGCUUGCAUCGACGGUCUAUGAGUGCGGGUGCUAUUACUCCUCUCCCAUCUCCCGUAUCUCCAGGUCCUUCUAGUGCCGUCUAUCCGACACAGAAAAAGAUAUUCCGAAAAUCUUGGGCAAGCAAAAAGGUGGACUACAACUUUACUGCCUCAAACUCGAACGACAUAGUCGGGAUCGUGAUGCUUGAGAUACAAGGCGCGGCUGAUUUGCCUAAGCUGAAGAACAUGACCCGCACCGGCUUUGACAUGGACCCCUUCGUAGUGAUCUCUUUCUCCAAAAAGAUCUUUCGUACACGUAUCAUCCGGCACUCUCUAAACCCCACCUGGGAUGAGAAACUCCUCUUCCACGUACGUCGAUACGAGACGUCAUUCAAGGUCCAAAUGACAGUCCUGGACUGGGAUAAACUAUCGAGCAAUGACCAUGUGGGCGAUGCAUGGUUGGACGUCGGCGAACUAGUCAGAGACGCGCCACAGCCCGAUCCGCGGACAGGAUUGUAUGCAGAUGUGUGCGGGGAGAACAACGCGGAAGGAAAUGGAGAAGGAAAGGAUGUGAAGCAGUUUUGUUUGCCCCUGACGACGGCGAAAGAGAUGGCUUGGGAGGCGAAGCAUAAUCCCACUAUUUCCUUCCGUGCAAAGUUCCAGCCCUAUGCCGAGCUUCGUCAGCGGUUCUGGGCACAGUAUCUGAAGCAGUACGAUACGGAUGAUACUGGUGCCAUAUCGCACGUGGAGCUCACAUCUAUGCUUGAUUCUCUCGGCUCUACACUCUCUGCACAGACUAUAGACUCCUUCUUUACUCGCUAUCGCAAACGACCCGCAGAAGACGAAUUAACCUUUGAAGAAUCAAUUCAAUGUCUAGAACGAGAGCUCGUACGACCAGCAUGCGAGAAGAAGAGGAUCGACACAAUAGACACCUUCAUGGACAGAGAUAGUAGUGCAUCUGCAUCAGAAUCUAUCACGCCUGGAGAAGAACUUGGAUUAAACCUAGCGUUUGGACGGCCGUUCUUGGGCGGCCUGGAUUUCUCAGGUCCGCCCUUGAGCGCAAUAUUUGCGGAUGAGUCACCUACGGAUGUGGAAAAGUCGUUUGUGACGGAGUCGAGUGAUAGGCCGUUAUUGAGCGUUGGUGUCCCGGAACAUUCGCCUGCGGCAUCGACGUCUGAUGGGUCUAGAUCCAAUAACGCGAGGCAGGACUCCACCUCGUCGUCUGACCCCGACGAUGUAACUUCAGCGCAAGUGUCUUCCUCAGACACCUUUGAGCGGGUUAUCAAUAUCAAGAAUUGCCCGUUGUGCCAUCGACCACGAUUGAACUCGAAAGCGGAGAUGGACAUCAUCACGCACCUGGCUAUAUGCGCUAGUCAGGAUUGGGCGAAGGUGGAUAGGAUUGUGGUGGGGAAUUUUGUGACUGCGAGUCAGGCGCAGAGGAAGUGGUAUACGAAGGUUAUUUCGAAGGUGUCGAAUGGGAAUUAUAGGAUUGGAGCUAACUCGGCGAACAUUAUCGUACAGAAUCGUAUGACGGGGCAGUUGCAGGAAGAGAAGAUGCAAGUGUAUGUUCGGCUUGGCAUCCGGUUAUUGUAUAAGGGUGCCAGAGGAAGGAUGGAAGGUGCACGAGCUCGUCGCCUUCUCAAGUCGUUAUCCAUCAAACAAGGUGCCAAAUACGACUCACCAGAAUCUGCUCGCGAUAUCCCAAGUUUCAUCGAGUUCCAUAAGCUUCAAGUCAAUGAGAUCUUAGAGCCGAUCAGUUCUUUCAAAACCUUUAACGAUUUCUUUUACCGUAAACUCAAACCCUCAGCCAGACCCACCGAAAGCCCAGACGACCCCCGCCGCCUUGUCAGUGCCGCCGACUGUCGCCUCAUGGUAUUCGAAACUGUUUCCGAAGCUACAAAGCUUUGGAUCAAAGGCCGCGAGUUCAGUAUUGCGAGAUUACUGGGCGAUGUGUACCGCGAUGAGGCAGAGAGAUACGUAGGUGGGCCUCUGGCGAUUUUCAGACUCGCACCUCAGGAUUAUCAUCGGUUCCAUGUUCCUGUGGAUGGGAGGAUUGGGGAGAUGAGGGAUGUGAAGGGGGAGUAUUAUACUGUGAACCCUCAAGCGAUUCGGAGCGCAUUAGAUGUCUAUGGAGAAAACGUGAGGAAGAUCGUACCUAUUGAUAGUCCACAGUUUGGACGAGUCAUGGUGGUUUGUGUUGGUGCGAUGAUGGUGGGGAGUAUCAAGAUAACUGUUAAAGAAGGGGAGGAUGUCAAGCGCGGUCAAGAGCUUGGAUAUUUUGCUUUUGGGGGCUCGACGAUUGUCGUUUUAUUCGAACGGGGAACAGUAGAAUGGGAUGAGGAUCUGGUAAUUAAUGGGAGAGCGUGUUUGGAGACGUUGGUCAGGGUGGGGAUGGGGAUUGGAACUUGCAGGCGGAAUGGCUCAAGUCACAGUGGUAGGGCAUGACCUUGUGUGGUCGCAUCGCAUGGGGGGCAGAUCAAGAAUUGCGGAGAUAUUAGUGUACACGAUCAUUGACUUAUAGUUGGUUAUAUAUCUACAGUAUUGACCAGGAAUUGUUUAAAUUUGUGGAGCAAUGUUAAUUGAUUUGGAUGUUUA